AUCAUUUUUGAGUCAUGUAUUCGACAAAAGGAAUAUUAGGUGUAUGUGAAUUAUAAAUACAAGUUUGUACGUAGUUGAAAAUAUUUUCACGCUUUUCCUUUCACUUUCUACCGGAAUAAUAAAAGUAGUUUGUACACGAAGAAACAGAGUUGCAAGUUUAAAAUUAUUACCUGCUUGUGAAUUGACCGCAUCAGGUUCCCUGAAACUGCUGAAACAAGUUUAUCUUACAGUUUGCGAACAUUUGAGAGAUCAAGGCCCGACGAAAUUAUGCCUGAAAGUACAAUGGAUCCUGAUAAAAUCGUAAAGAUGGAGGUAGAUUAUACCAGUAAUUGCGAUACCAAAAUUCCAGAGUGUAAAAAACUAGCGCAAGAAGGAAAGCUACAUGAUGCAUUGGACCAAUUAUUAGCAUUGGAAAAAUUAGCACGAACGAGCGCGGAUAUGGCUUCUACGUCACGAAUUCUCGUAGCUAUUGUUCAAAUUUGUUUAGAGGCAAAAAACUGGGCAGUGUUGAAUGAACAUGUAGUUUUGUUAUCCAAAAGACGUUCUCAACUGAAACAGGCAGUCACCAAAAUGGUUCAAGAGUGUUGCACUUACGUGGAUCAAAUGCCUGAUAAGGAAAAUAAAAUAAAAUUGGUAGAAACUUUGCGUGCGGUCACAGAAGGAAAGAUAUACGUGGAAGUUGAACGAGCAAGACUCACUCAUCGCUUGGCAAAAAUUAAAGAGGAGGAUGGAGAUAUUUCAGGUGCUGCAGCUGUUAUGCUAGAGUUACAAGUUGAAACGUACGGUAGUAUGUCGCGUCUGGAAAAAGCAUCUCUCAUCUUAGAACAAAUGCGACUAUGUUUGGCGAAAAAAGAUUUUAUGCGAACUCAAAUAAUAGCUAAAAAGAUUAACGUCAAAUUUUUUAGCGAUGAAAAUGACGAAGAAACACAGUCCCUCAAAUUAAAAUAUUACGACUUAAUGAUGGAAUUAGCACGACACGAAGGUUGGCAUUUAAAAUUAUGCAGGCAUAAUCGAGCCGUAUUAGAAACUCCAGCAGUUAAAGACGAUGCUAAAAAAAGACAUACCGCUCUUUCCCGAGCUGUUCUUUACCUUGUCCUUGCACCUCAUGAACCAGAACAAGCUGAUUUAACACAUAGGCUGCUUACCGAUAAACUUUUAGAUGAAAUACCAACAUACAAAGAAUUAUUACGUCUCUUUGUAAAUCCAGAAUUGAUCAAGUGGUCCGGACUUUGCGAAAUUUAUGAAAAAGAUCUUAGGGCUACCGAAGUUUUCAGUGCGUCGACAGAAGAAGGUUGUAAACGGUGGGCUGAUCUUCGAAAUCGCGUUGUCGAACAUAAUAUUAGAAUCAUGGCAAAAUAUUAUACAAAAAUCACGCUAACUCGUAUGGCCGAAUUGUUGGAUUUACCGGUUGAAGAAACGGAAUCGUGUCUCUGCAGUUUAGUAGAAACAGGCGUGAUAAAUGCCCGAGCAGAUCGUCCAGCGGGUGUAGUUCGUUUUACAGGAACUCAAGAGCCAGCUGCCCUGUUGGAUGCCUGGGCUGCUUCUUUGUCGAAAUUAAUGAGCCUCGUUAAUCAUACGACUCAUCUUAUUCAUCAAGAAGAAAUGUUAGCUGUAGCUCAGUCUUGAAAGGUAAAUUUUCCCGCUCCCACGUCAUCUCCCCUUUUCUUGGACAUUCUCCUUAAGAUGAUCUUUGGAUAAACGUUAUUUUCAUCCAACUAAUGCACAUAAAAGAUUUUGUAUUCGUUGUGUAAAGAAGUUAUUCGAAUAGCCUCCCUUAAUCUGUUUAUAACGCGUGUAAUAGAUCAUAAAAAUAAACAGUGUACGAAUAUUGUGUAUGUGUAUAUAUUGACCAACUUAUAAUCAUACCACUUGCAGUGUUGUAUGAGCGUUAUUGUUAAUGUUGUGUGCGAUGCGAUGCAAAAAUGUAUGUGUACAAGCCAUGUUAUUACGCUUAUAAAAAUACUUCAAUCUCUACUAACGGUCAUUCUUGUGUACGACCGAAAAAGAUUUAUUCAAGACGUAGUAAGUCAUUUUUCCACACGCAUAACGAUUCGAUUUAAUGGGCGCUUCUCCUCUUUGUUUUUUCGUCAAUGGAAUAAAAAU